AGAAAAACCAUUCUAUGCUGGAUGACGUUCUGGACAUUGUUACCCAGUGCAAAAAGAGCACUAGGAAGACAAAAAGAACAAGGCUUCAAGUGGCAAACAUAAGCCUCUGAAGAUUCGGUGGACAUAUCAGAGGCACCUUACCCAGAAGUGGGAAGGGUGAAGCGAUUCUGCAGGAAGACUUUGGGAAAGGAGCAAUGGAGAUUGGAGGGGCAGGCGUUCUGCAGAUAAGGCAAGUCCUGCUUUUCUUUGUUUUGCUGGGGAUGUCUCAAGCGGGGUCUGACUCUGGGCGCUUCUCAGUGGCAGAGGAAAUGCAGAGUGGGACCUUUGUAGGCAAUCUGGCAAGAGACCUGGGGCUGGAAGUGGGUGAACUAUUCUCCAGAGGGGCUCGGGUGGUAUCUAAUGAUAACAAACAGCGAUUGCAGCUGGACAUAAAUACAGGGGAUUUGCUCUUAAGUGAAGCACUAGACCGGGAGGAGCUCUGUGGCUCCACCGAGCCCUGUGUGCUGCAUUUCCAGAUAUUAAUGAAAAGCCCCUUGCAGUUUUUACGGAUUGAGCUCCAGGUCAAGGAUAUAAAUGAUCACUCUCCUGUCUUCUUAGAAAAUGAAAUGCUCUUAGAAAUCCCAGAGAAUAGUCCUGUCGGUGCUGUCUUCUUACUAGAAAGUGCAAAGGAUUUGGAUGUAGGAAUCAACGCUCUAAAAAACUACACAGUAAGCCCCAACUCUCAUUUCCACAUUAAAAUGAGAGUCAAUCCGGAUAAUAGGAAAUACCCAGAGUUAGUUCUGGAUAAAGCGCUGGAUUAUGAAGAACAGUCUGAACUCAACUUCAUCCUCACCGCUCUGGAUGGCGGGUCUCCGCCUAAGUCUGGGAGUGCCUUGGUCCGGGUGGUGGUCGUGGACAUUAAUGACAACCCCCCUGAGUUUGAGCAGCCAUUUUAUGAGGUGAAGAUUUCAGAAGAUAGCAUUCUCGGCUCACCGGUUGUCACCGUCUCAGCUUGGGACUUAGAUUCGGGGAAAAACGGGGAAAUAUCAUAUAUGUUUUCCCAUGCCUCAGAAGAUAUUCGCAAGACAUUUGAAAUUAACCAAAAGUCUGGAGAAGUGAGUUUAACUUCACCCUUGGAUUUUGAAACAACCGAAGCAUAUUCCAUAAUCAUUCAAGCCACAGAUGGGGGAGGCCUUUUUGGAAAAUCAACACUCAGAAUUCAGGUGAUGGAUGUGAAUGACAAUGCUCCUGAAGUGACUGUGUCAUCAAUUACCAGUUCAAUCCCAGAAAAUUCUCCAGAGAUUGUGGUUAUGGUUUUUAGUAUCCGAGACAGAGACUCUGGGGAGAAUGGGAGGCUGAUUUGUUCUGUUUCAGAAAACCUCCCGUUCGUGCUAAAAUCUUCAGUUGAGAAUUACUACACGUUGGAAACGGAAAGAAUGCUGGACAGGGAAAGCCAAGCGGAGUACAACAUCACGAUCACGGUCACUGACAUGGGAACCCCCAGACUGAAAACCGAGCACAACAUAACCGUGCUGGUGUCCGACGUCAACGACAACGCCCCCGCCUUCACCCAGACCUCCUACACCCUGUGGGUCCGCGAGAACAACAGCCCCGCCCUGCACAUCGGCACCGUCAGCGCCACAGACACAGACGCGGGCGCCAACGCCCAGGUCACCUACUCGCUGCUGCCGCCGCCCGACCCGCACCUGCCCCUCGCCUCCCUCGUGUCCAUCAACCCCGACAACGGCCACCUCUUCGCCCUCACGUCCCUGGACUACGAGGCCCUGCGGGCCUUCGAGUUCCGCGUGGGCGCCGCCGACCGCGGCUCGCCCGCGCUCAGCAGCCAGGCGCUGGUGCGCGUGCUCGUGGAGGACGCCAACGACAACGCGCCCUUCGUGCUCUACCCGCUGCAGAACGCCUCGGCGCCCUGCGCCGAGCUGGUGCCCAGGGCGGCCGAGCCCGGCUACCUGGUGACCAAGGUGGUGGCGGUGGACGGCGACGCGGGCCAGAACGCCUGGCUGUCGUACCAGCUGCUCAAGGCCACGGAGCCCGGGCUGUUCGGCGUGUGGGCGCACAACGGCGAGGUGCGCACGGCGCGGCUGCUGAGCGAGCGCGACGCGCCCAAGCAGCGGCUGGUGGUGCUGGUCAAGGACAACGGCGAGCCGCCGCUGUCGGCCAGCGUCACGCUGCACGUGCUGCUGGUGGACGGCUUCUCGCAGCCCUACCUGCCGCCCCCGGAAGCGGAAGCGGCGGCCGCGGCGCCGGCCGACCCGCUCACCGUCUACCUGGUGGUGGCCUUGGCGUCGGUGUCGUCGCUCUUCCUCUUCUCGGUGCUGGUGUUCGUGGCGGUGCGGCUGUGCAGGAGGGGCGGGGCGGGCUCGGCGGGUCGCUGCCCGGUGCCCGAGGGCCACUUCCCGGGCCACCUGGUGGACAUCAGCGGCACGGGGACCCUGUCCCAGAGCUACCAGUACGAGGUGUGUCUGACGGGAGGUACUGUAACGAAUGAGUUCAAAUUCUUGAAGCCGAUUCUCCCCAAUCUCUCGACCCAACGCCCUGGGAAAGAAACAGAGCAAAAUCAUACUUCCUACAAUAGCUUUGGGUUCAAUAUUCAGUGUCCAUAGUUAACUUUUAUAUCUAAUAUGCAUGUUGUUUUGUGCUCCUUCCACACCAUCGUUAUUUUCCCCCAAAUAUGUGUUUGAAAUUGUACUGUUACUUUCAUAUCUUCGCAUGUUGUACCCAUCUUCUAAGUGAAUGCUUAUUUUUGUGGUUGUAAUUAUUACAAAUAAUUUAUUCUCUAACCAAGGAGAUCUUAAUUCAUAAUUAAUUCAUAAUUAAUUAACUUGCCUUACACCAAGUAACUUUUUUCUCAUGGCUCCCUCUUCAGUUGAACUUUCACUCACAAUUAUGCUUUUGAUAAAAUAAAGCAGACCACUUUCAAAGACACUUUCAAAGUAUUUCAAGUGUUCAAACAUUUCUUCAUUUUUUUUGCGAUUUUUUCUUGUGAUUUAAUAAUAGUUGCUAUUCAGAAAUGUCAUUUUUCUUUCUUUAAAUUCACCACUCUUUUUAAUUAGGUUUUUAAAAUGUUUAUUACUGCUGAAAAUAUACCUGAAAAUAAUGUCCUUUGAUAAACAUAAUCAUCUUGUUAGGGCCAGAAGGCAAUUUUCCUAGUGUCUCUUCUUUAUUGAUCCUGGAGGGUUACUGUGAAGACAUAUUAAUACUGUGGCCACCCACAUAGUCUUGGAAUAUAAAGUUUUUAUUUUCCAGAUGUCUCACUAAUGUUACAAAGGUAUAAUGCAAUCUAGUAGAAUGCAGGCUCCUGAACCAUAAUUUGUUUACUGUAGAGUAGACUUGUGUGCUAAAGUGUAUAAUCUUUUGCCUCCUGUGCUCUCCCAGAAUACAUAUACACUGGGCACUAAUUUUCAAAUUUUGAAAUAGCCAAUAGAAAAAUUAUGUAACAUACAAACACAAUAGAAAUGUUUUGUAAACACUACUUAGCUUUUUUGUGAUGCAAUUUGAAAUUGCCUAUAUUAAUCCAUUCAAUUUAAUUUUCAAAUGUCAUGAUCCACUAAAUUGAUUUCAUGACUUACUAAUGGGUAGCAAUCCAAAGUUUCAAAACCACUUUUCUCAGAUAUUUGUAGAGCACUGAAAAGUAUGAAAAGAUAGUCCUUUAACAUUCUAGUUUUAAACCUUUUUUCAAGCCAUUGUAGGAGAAAGUUUUGUUUCAUGCUGUACAAGCUCUAACCAACCACUUUUGCUUUGAGUGACCUGACUAUAUCAUAGAAGAGAAAGCCUUCAUUGUUGGGGGAGGAUAUUUCCAAGAAUUUCAUCAAAAAGUCUUAAAGUCUGUAUGUUGUGGAAGGAAAGUAUAGAUGAGCAAAAUGAGUAGGGGUAUAGAGGGAAAGGAAAUGUGUUCACAUGAGACAGUAGGUAUGAGAAAGAGGACAUGCAUGAGGGUAAAAUGAUUGCUUUUAUUCCUGUGGGGCCACAGACUAGAGUCAAUGCCAGGAACUGCCUCUUGAAGAUAUUCUAAUCUUAACAUUGUAGAGGGGCUGGGUAUUAGUUAAUAAUGCCUGGAAGUACAAUCUCUUGCUCUAGCAUAUCCAAAAUAACUUAAUGUUUACACUUCUUGAAUGCUAAAAUUUCACUGCCAGUUCUUUUGAACUGUAUGAACUGAUUAAUUACUCUUUGAAUUUAAGAAAAAUGGAGGGAACAAAAGUUCCUCCAUGCAGGCUAACUAAAUUCUAAUUUUCUGUUUUCAGAAAUGGAACUAGGAAUAAAUGAAAGCUUCUUUACAUAGAGAACAAAAACUCAUAUUAAUAAAUCAAAAUAUUAAGGUUACCUCCUAUAUUUACUGUACUUAGUGGGGAAAAGAUGGAUGACCACUAGCAUAAAGAGAUCUAUGAUGGUAUAGCUGUCAAAAAUAAAGGUGGGAGUGUUCUAGUAGCUUGUUUCCCCAGCAAGCCUGGCCUCUCACAUUUAUAAUAGGGGAAGGGAAAGAGAAGUUUAAACAACUCAGGCAGAAAAUUUAACAGGUGCAACAGCAGAGAAAAGCCUGUUGCUUUGGGUUUUUCCACCUACGUGAACAGGAAGACUUGUCUAUUUAUGGAAAGAACUGUUUCCUGACUCUAGUGGAGAAUGGUGAGGACUUCGGAGCUCAGAUACAAGUAAAUCAACCAGUUCUCUUCAAAUGUAUUGCUAAAAACAAAUUUUGCUCUUAUGCUUCAAAUAAUUUACAGUUAAAUUUAAACCAGUGCAUAGGAAUUCAACUAUAUCAGCCAAUUUUAUAUUAAAGGACUAUAAGUUGUCAAUGGGAAGAAGUCACUUACAAAAUGGAGAUGUAAGGAACUGCUCAGCUUCCCAGAGUUAAUUUUCUUGAAAACCCUUGCCAAUAAGAACAAACAAACAGUUUAGGUUGGAAUUUGCCAAGAGUAUGGGAAAGAAAGGGGCUUCCCAGGUGGCUCAGUGGUGAAGAAUCCACCUGCCAAUGCAGGAGCUGCAGGAGCCCCAAGAGGGUUCCAUCUCUGGGUCAGGAAUAUCCCCUGGAGAAGGUAAUGGCAACCCACUCCAUAUUCUUGCUGGAAUAAUCCCAUGGACAGAGGAGCCUGGUGGGCUACAGUCCAUGGACUUGAAAAGAGUUGGACGUGACUGAGCACACAUCCACUGGCUAAUCUAUCGUGGCUUCUCAGUACCUGGGCCACAUGCUGUACUUUCUCACUACCCAGGAUUAUUCUAUGAAAUAUGAUUUCAGAUCUCUCCCUCUAAGAACACCUUCUAUGAGAACCUUCUAUGCCUUUACCCCUCUGAUCCAGUUACUCCUAUCACAUCUUGUCUUUGACCUUGUCAAGACCUCCAUCCCAUGAUGCUGCUACUACCUAUCAACCCCCUCCUGUUUUAAUUUCCUUCCCAUCAGCUGACUCCCAUUUCACCACUCCCAACCACUCUCAUGCUCAUAUUCUCAAUUCUUUUUCAAUUUUCCUUCACUCUAGGAUUUCCUUUGCCUCCUGAUGAAACACCACACUAGAUAAAUAUUUUAUCUAGUUAAAUUAUUCAAUAAAAAUUCUCUUUUCUCUUACACCUGGGAUGCUGCACUCUAAAACAAAGCUUAGAAAAUAAUCAGUACUAUCACCACUAAGGUUAUCACAUUCAAAAUUAAUUGGGCUUUCAAGAUCAAGAAAUCUUUUUAUAUUUUCCUAAGUAGCAUUCUCUUUUACUCUUCAUAACAACUUCAUACCUACUUAUCUUAAUUUUUUUUAUCUUACUUUAAACUUCUUACCCUACUACUUACAUACCACUUGUUAGCAGAUGAAUUUGCUUAAUAUCUUAAAGAGAAAACAGAACCAUCAGAUGGAAAUUAUCUUAAUGUCCUAUUCCCAAACCUAUACUCUUGAUAGCAUAUGUACUUGUAAUUUCCUCUGCUAAGUUCCCUUCCACUUAAGUCCAACUCCUUCAUAUUUGCUGAAUCCUGUCUUUGACAGCCUUCUAGGGGCUUAACACUGAUAAUAUCCUUUCUUGUAUAUUUUAAUUUUCUCCUUCUUUACUCAGUACUGCAAAUCAGCAUUUUAAAAACAUUUCUCUAGGCUUAAAAAACCCUCCUGAGUCCAAAUUCCCCUCCAGAUACAAAUCUACUUUUUUCUUUUGCAGCUAAAUUUCUCAAAAGGAUUUCCAUUUUUACUUCCUCAUCCUUCUUGCUUUUCAACCCAGUGCAGUCCGUAUUGAAAACUGAUAUUGUAAAGCUGGUCAAAGAUUUCUGUGUAAGUUUUUAAGAUUACACUGAGAAAUAAGAGUAGUAAAAUUACUCAAUGGCUUGUAAAACAUGUGUCUCUUUCUUGUAACAGCCACAGUGGAUAAAGGAUUGCAUAGACAGGGCAGCUUUGCUCCUCAUGGUCCUUCUGGGACCAAAAUUUGUUCCAAGUAAUUCCUCUUGCAUUCCCUGUUGCAAUGUCAUAAUCUACAUGACUGUAGCUGGGUCACUGCCACAUCUGGGUUCUAGUUGACUAGGAGGGAAAAGAUAAUCCAGAUGUGGCAGACCCAGGAGUGGCAAAUGAAAGUUCUAUUCACAAUGUGUGAGAACUUAGCCACACCUAACUACAAGCGAGGUGGAGUCACCAUGUCCUUGGAUACAGUUCUAUUACUAUAAAGAAAAAGGGAACAGAUUUUGGCAGACAUCUAACAGAAUCCUUCACAAUGACCAUCUCCUUAAAUCCAAUGGACCAUUUUAAUAUUUGUUUUUCUUGAGUUUUCUGAAGCAUUUGCUACUGUCAAUCUUCCUCAUAGUUUUGAAAUACUAUUUGCAUUUGGUUUCAUAAUUCUAAACUCUGGGCCUUCCUUGUCUUUUUAAAAAAAUACUUCCUUACCUCAUCUCUAAAUGAAGAUAUUUAUCAAAAUUCUGUGCUAAACCUCUUCUAUUCUUCUUUGACACAUUUUUGCUUGAUUUACACGGAGAUCUCAUGGUUUCGAACACAGGCAUACUUCUUUUUAUUGCACUUCGUAGAGAUUGUGUAUUUUUACAAAUAUAAAGUUUGUGGCAACCCUGCAACAAGCAUAUCUAUUGACACCAUUUUUCCAACAGCAUUUGCUCACUUUAUGUCUCUCUGUAACAUUUUGGUA